AUGUAUCAACAACCAAAUCAUUCAUAUUCUUCAACAGACGCAUUAGGAAGAUUGUCAUCAAAUAACCCCUUUCGACAUUCCCCAAUUUUACAACGACAAUCAUCAGGGCAACAACAACAACAACAACAUAAGUAUAGUCCAAGAAAGUCAUCUCAUUUGUCGAAUAGUUCAUCUUAUUUUGAUGAAUGGGUUAAUAAAAACAGAGAUUUAAUUAAUGACAAUGAUGAAGAACAAAAUUCAAUCAUCGAUGAUAAUGAAAUAAUUAGUUUAUACAAGAAUAGCACAAAUGAAGAUAAAAGAAAUAGGUCAAAUAGUAGUUUAUCAAGACCAAAAUUUCCUCCUCAACCAAUUAGAUCCAAUAGUGAUCCAAACUAUAAUAAAAGGUAUGUUUAUUUAUACAUUUAACCAUUUAACCAUUUUAGGGUAUAUUGGAAAGGAAAAGAAUAAAAGCAACCAUUUAUCAUAGUGAGUGCAAUUUUAAAGUUUAUUUCCAUUGAUUCCAGAGUCGCAGAAUGUAAAAGUUAUAUUAUGCUAUAAUUUUACAAAAUGGCUCAUAGCCUCAAGUGAAAGUAAAGUAUUCGCAUAAUAAUGUUCAACAGUUAUUAUUAUUUACCAUUAUUAUUAUUGCUAUUGUGAACCAUAGUUAACUUUUCUCUAUACAAAUUUUACACUGUUAAUCGAGAAAGCAAAAAAAAAAAAAAAAAAAAUUAUAUACCAAAGGUUGUCAAGUGAUUACAUUCCAGUUCAAGAUAUAAUUUUAUUUCAAAUAUUUUUUAUCUUAUUCUUUUCCAAUUUUCCAAUAUUAUCGUUAAUCAAAAUUUUAUUCGAGUACUAACAGUAUUAUUUCAAGAAUGUCUAAUAAUCCAUUUUUAAACCCACCAACAACAUCGAUUUCAACAACACCAACGACUGGCACAAAUUCAUCAGGUAAUACUAGAAAUAAUUCUCCACCUGCAAGACCACCUAAACCAUCACAACUAAUUGAUGAUUUGGCACCACCAUCAUAUGAAGAAGCUGCAGGUAAAGAAGCUGCUCAAAGAGAAUACAGAAAUGAAAAAGAAUCUAGUUCAAGUUCAAGUUCAAGACCACAUAGAUCUUCUCAUAGUCACCACCAUCAUUCAUCUUCACAUCGUUCAUCAUCAAAUAAACAUAGUACAAGAGAUAAAAAAGAUUCUCAUCAUCAUCAUUCAUCAAGAUCUAAAUCGUCAAAGAAAAAAGAUCCUGUACAAGCUAAAAAUUUAGAUACAAUUGAUAAAUUAGAUGUUACUGGAUUCUUUGGUGGUGGAUUCCACCAUGAUGGUCCAUUUGAUGCAUGUACACCAAUUAGAAACAAUAAUGAAAAAAAAUUAGCACCAGUCAAAGCUUUCCCAAUAAAUGGUGCAAAUAUGUCAAUUACAGGUGGUUCAAAUAUGAAUAAAGAUGAUCAAAUAAAUCUUGCAUUUGGAUAUAGGAAUAAUGAACUUGAAAAUUUAUCACCACCAAAAAAUCAAUCAAAUCCAAGUAUUUUAAAUUUUGAUGCAAAUUCAAAAGCAAUGCCAAUUCAUGGAGAUACGACACAAGGAUUAGGUAGUUCUACAUUUUUAAAUGGUGCACCUGCUCCAAAAGCAGCACAAGAUGAUAAUAAUUUAAAUUUAAAUAAUGGUGGAUUAGGUAGAAAGAAAUCAUUAGUACAAAGAUUAAGAAAAAAUUCAGGUAGUGAAAGUUCAACAAGAAGAUCAUCAAAUGAUGGAUUAUAUCAUGCUGUAUCAGAUUCAGGUAAUGGAAGAAGAGGUAGUAUGAAUAAUUUGGAUUUUGAUGAUGUUGAUGAAGAUUUAAAGCCUCCUAGUGGUAAUUCUUUUAUUAGAAGGGUGAAAAGUUUAAAAGUUAGAAGAUAA